AGCAAAUAUUAGCAGAAGACCUUCACCUCGCUUAGCGCUCAAAACAAAGUUUUCUCGAGUGAUUAUUGGGCACCAAUUAUGUUAAAUAUAAUCUUAUCUAAAGCGAAACGGUGAAAAUUAAAUAAAUAUGUCAACUGCAAGUUCACAUGCUUAUAGCAAUCUCAGUCUAACAUCAAAUCCCCUUGCAACAAUGAUAAAACCCGACAUCAUAUCAAUGACAUCUGGCAGUCAAGUGAUAAAUGUUUCUGGUGGUGGCGGAGGCGGUGAUCUGACGUCGUCAUCAUCUACCACAUCAUUAAAUCGUGCAAAUCCCCCUUCGAAUUCAUUAAACGUCAGCAGUCAUACAUUGGAUAAAGUAAAGGUUGCCAAAGUUACAUUGGAAUAUUAUUACGAUAAUUUGAUUGUUCAAUAUCGAGAACGUCAAAAUAGGUAUAAAAUUCUGGAAUCAAUGAUGGAAAGUGAAGGCUUAAGCGAAGAACAAAAACAAAUCAAGCGUACACAGCAUGCAUUGAAAGAAAGUGAAUUCCUUCGAUUGAAACGGGCGCGACUGACAGUUGACGAUUUUCUACCUCUAAAAAUAAUUGGAAAAGGCGCUUUUGGUGAAGUGAGGUUAGUCCAGAAACAAGAUAAUGGCUACAUCUAUGCGAUGAAGAUUUUACAUAAAGCAGAUAUGCUACAGAAAGAUCAAGUAGCUCAUGUACGCGCUGAACGUGAUAUUCUAGUCAAAGCAGAUAAUCCUUGGGUUGUGAAAAUGUUUUAUUCAUUUCAAGAUUCAGUGAAUUUGUAUUUAGUUAUGGAAUUUCUUCCUGGGGGUGAUAUGAUGACAUUGUUAAUGAAACGUGAUACACUGACAGAGCCUCAAACACAAUUCUAUAUAGCAGAAACUGUUCUAGCUAUUGAUUCAAUUCAUAAAAUGGGUUUCAUUCAUCGCGAUAUUAAACCGGAUAAUUUACUACUCGAUGCAAAAGGUCAUAUUAAACUUAGCGAUUUCGGUUUGUGUACAGGCUUGAAAAAGGCACAUCGAACGGAUUUCUACAAAGAUUUAUCUCAAGCAAAACCAAGUGAUUUUUCAUCUGGUCGCGCGGACUCUCGAAGAAGAGCUGAAGGCUGGAAUAAGAAACGACGCAGAUUAGCGUACUCCACAGUUGGAACACCAGAUUACAUUGCACCUGAAGUGUUUCAGCAUAAAGGUUAUACAAAUUCGUGUGAUUGGUGGUCACUUGGUGUGAUUAUGUUUGAAAUGCUCAUAGGUUAUCCUCCGUUCUGUUCAGCUACACCACAAGAGACAUAUAAGAAAAUUAUGAAUUGGAAAGAAGCCUUAUUCUUUCCGCAUGAAAUGCCUAUCAGUGGAAAUGCUAAAAAUCUUAUACAGUCAUUGUGCUGUGGAGCAGAGACACGUCUAUCUAGCAUUGAAGAUAUACGUAAACAUCCAUUUUUGAAUGGAGUUGACUGGGAGCAUAUACGUGAAAGACCAGCUGCAAUACCUGUGAAUAUACGUUCAAUUGAUGAUACAAGCAAUUUUGAUGAAUUUCCUAAUGCUGAUUUAAGUUGGCCCAAUGUUACCGAUCCAAUGAAAAGUUAUCAGAAAAAUCUGGCCUUUAUUAAUUAUACAUAUAAAGCAUUUGAUGGCUGGACAAACAAUGAUCGGAUAUUAGAUCGUCAAUUAUAUCAGCAACAACAGUUCCAACGUCAUCAGGCUGCUCUCUCGUCAAGAAGUAUGCUGUCUGAUACAACCAAAUCAAAGAAACAUCCUCCAACUGGUGGUGGUGGAUCUAGUUCCUAAUUAUAUAUAACAACUGAAUUUGCCUGUUGCCAAAGUGUUUAAUCUACUCACCCUUUACCCUUUGUACUUACUUAACCCCGGCCGCCCUGUCCUCCUCCUCCUACAUCUAUUUUUGUGAAGAAAUUUUGUUCUGCAUAAUGUAAGUUGCUGUUUGUGUUCGCCCACUCCCUCUGCCGAAAAUUCGCAAUACCUUUUGUCUUUCCUGUGAACUAACUACUUACUAUCUGCCACUUUUUCGGUUGUAGUUGUUUAUUGAUUGUUUCUCGAUUCUGGUUGCUCAUCCAUUUAUUUAUUUAUUUAUUAUUACAGUUUCCUUUCGAUUUAUCAUUCUCCUUCAUUUAUGAAUUCAAUGAGAGUCUGUAAGGCAAGUUAUAUUCGGUUGUUGUCAGUCAACGUUAAAGCCACUGUGAUGGCUUUCGUUCGACUUUUUUUCUCUCUCGCGUUGGUUUGUCCUUUUUUCUCUCUCCCUUUCUGUCUUUUCUCUGUAUCUCCUUAGAUGAUGUUUGUCUCUGGUUUCAAAGGCCGUGUGUAUCACAUUUUGGUCGCAUUACAUUCCUACUGUAUUUUUUUGUGUGUGUAUCUGAAUUGCAUUCCUCUGAGAACAUAGUACGUUACGUUCCAUGUGCUUAAUCAAUAUAAGAAAAAAAAAGCAAUAUUACACUACACCACCCUUCUUCUCCUCUUUAGACUUUUGUGCCUUACCCCAGUAUGUCUAUAGGUUUUUUCUCCCUUCUUUUUCUCUGCAUUUUUUCUCCUUUCUCUAAGCCUUAUUAACUUGUCAUAUUUUAAGUGUAUUGCUUUUGCUGUUUGAUGUUGCUGAAUUGUCUCCUCGCUAAAUUUAAGCUAAGUGAUUAAAUGUGUGAAUGUGAGCUGAGUGUGUUUCGUCAUACUUGUGAUUUGUUGUAUGCCAUCCUCAAAAUGAACGAUGACGAUGGCAGUGGUGAUUCGUCUUAAUUGGUCUUCUACUUUCCUUCUUCUUAUAGUCUGCCUCUUUGUUGUCCUCAUUGUCUCCGCCUUGUUCAGGCGUGUUCGUCUCUCUCUCUUUCUGUGUUUGUGAGUGUAUGUAUGCCUGUGGUGCGUUCCGUCUUCUCUUAGUCUAGUCCAUUCUGUUCCUCCUCUGUUCUGUAUCUGAGAUACUCUCUCUUUCACACACACACCCACAAAUUCAAUCAUAUUCAUAUCAGUCAAAGGUGGUUAAUCAUCGUAUUUGCGAUGCUGUUUCCAUUAUGACAGUAUUACGCAUCUCUCUUUGUGUGUGUAUUGUGUUUAUGCGUGUGAGUGUGGCUCGCGCGUGUAUAUCAUCUUCCCCAAUCAGACAGGAUAUGUAUGUGAAAACAAAACUGAUUCCUCUUUUGUGUCUAGUUGGAAAGAGAUCCUUUUACAAAUAAAUAAAAAAAAGAACUUUGAACUGUACUGUACUGUAUUCAUUAUUCUUCACCGUAUGUAUUCAAUGGCCCUGAUGAAUUCACUCACAUAUCAUCAAAAAAGCAGUGUAUCUUUUAGAUAUUUCGCGAUAUUCACGAUAAUCCCUCUCUAUCGUUUUUUUUUGUGAAUAGACUUGCUGCGUGCUUUUGUGAAUAUAUAUUGCAUAUUUCACAGUGAUGUGGAUCUACACACUGAAUGAAGGAGUGAAUAUAAAUAGUGUGUAUGCGCAGAUGUGUAUUUUAGUAUAACUUAUUUAUUUAUUUAUUUAUUGAUAUAUGAGGACAAUAAAAGUUUUCAGUGCUGGUAACUCCUUGAAAUUAGUGUAUGCUGUGCACUUUCUUUCUACUAUUUCAUUUCACUACAGAGAUUUUGAAUUCCUUUCUCAUUCUAUUAUCAUGUGAGAACAUAUUUUUGUCUACUAUUUCUAGUAUUACUCUCUCCCCUCUCCCUCCGUCCAGUAGUAUUACUACAGACUGUUGACACUAAAUUGAACUGAUAUAAUAAAAUUGCCUCUACGAUUUCAUUUUCAUACGGGUGUUAUGUUCGAUGAAUGUAAAAUAUAGAGUUAGCUAUGAUGCACAAAAACACACCCCCAUUAUAUUAUAAAGGAACUUUGGUGUCAACUCCACCAACACAAUCACACUUAUUAUAGACAAGUGCUCAGAUUGAAAUACGUCUAUAGUUGUAUAUGUUUCAUUUUGGUGUGUUGACUGGGUGGGUGUUGAGAUGACGAAGAAGG